UAUGAUAUUUGAUCUCUAACCACCAUCUCCUUCAUUAUCUCCUAAUUCUAAAACUAGAUUUUAUUAGGAACAACUCGAUAAGGCUCAUGAGAUUAUUGAUCAAUUAGAAUAUCUACUUUAAGAAAAAGAGCAUCAAAAAAAAUUUCAUUAGACGACUUACAACAAUAUACAAAUUCCAACUCUUUAAUUGAAUACAAAAUUAUCAGAUAUAAUUGGUGAAAGAUCUAAGAGUUAUGUGACAACACCCUUAUAAUAUUCUACACCAAGAGAUAGAAGGGCAAGAUUGUCAAUGGGAGGUUAAACAUCAGCAAGAUUUGUAGAUGAAAUGAAAAGUAGGCAUUCAGAACUCAUAUNAAUAUAAUUGAUUGUAUGGUGUUCUAGACAUCUAACACUUUAAGGUAUAUAUAAUGUAGUUAUUAAUUAAAUUAUGUAAUGAUUCCUAUUUUCUAUAUUAAAAAAAGAUUUAAAUUAAUUUUUAGACAAUGGUAACUAUAACAAUUAAAUAAAGGCUGACGCAAAACCAUAAUCUGUUCAAUAACCAAAAGGCAAAAAAGGAAAGAAAACUGGAGAAGAAACUGUUUAAUAAGUAGUAGCUACAUUAGGACCAAAUGUGGCAGGAAAUGAAUUAGUAUUUGGAGUGGCUCACAUCUUAUCUACAUGGAAUGACACUUUUAUUCAUAUCACUGAUUUGACAGGAAGAGAAACAUUAGCUAGAGUAACUGGUGGAAUGAAAGUUAAAUCAGAUAGAGAAGAAUCAUCACCAUAUGCAGCCAUGCAAGCAGCCAAAGAUGUUUAUGAGAAAUUGAAAACACUUAAAAUUAAUGCUUUACAUAUUAAAUUAAGAGCAAGAGGAGGUAUCAAAAAUAUUAAUUAUUUAUUUAGGUGUUGAUACAAGAUAACCAGGACCAGGUGCUUAAGCUGCAUUGAGAGCAUUGGCUCGUCUUGGACUUAAAAUAGGUAGAAUUGAAGAUGUUACUCCUAUACCAACUGACUCAACAAGAAGACCUGGAGGUAGAAGAGGAAGAAGAUUAUGAA